AUGGGCAAAAAAACCAAGUCUUCAAAGACAGAGGAGAAGGCAAAGCCCUCCGGUCUUCCCUUUGGUGGUGCUUCUUUGGACUCAACAUUGUCUUCCCUAUUCGCCUCAAGUGCUGGACCCGUGCAAGCCCCCACAAUCAAAUACGUUGAGCCUGUCAGAAAGGCCAAGAAGGAAGAGGAGGAUGUCGAGGAAGAUGACGAGGAGUUGUCGUCCGGCGACGAAGUGAUGGAUGACGCCGCGGAUGAGAGCGCCUCUGAGGCCGCAGAGGAAGAUGAACAGCCGGCCGAGACACAAAACCGCAAGCGGAAGCGUGGCAGCGCUGGCGAGGAUAUCGAAGAGACAUAUAUGCGUCGCAUCGCAAAGGAAGAAAAGAAGGACGAGGAAAAGCGCAAGUCUGAGCACGCCAAACGCCAGAAGCAAGUUGAGGCAAGCAGUGACGACGAGAAGGAUGACGACGAGGAAGAGGGCUCUGACAAAGAGUCCGUUGCGGAAGAUAGUGACGAGGAAGAGAGCGCUCCUGCUCCCGUGCACGAGAGUGUGGCUGGUACUGCCACCACGGACGAAGUAGAGAAGUCCAACCGUACUGUCUUCUUGGGCAACGUCUCCACGGAGGCGAUCAGGUCCAAGACCGCCAAGAAGACCCUUCUGCGUCACCUGGCUUCCUUCUGUUCAUCUCUCCCCGAAUCUACCGGACCUCACAAGGUUGAAUCGAUUCGUUUCCGCUCUGUCGCAUUCGCCAGUGGCGGUGGCAUCCCCAAGCGCGCAUCCUUUGCGAAGCGGGAGAUUCUCGAUGAGACUACACCCAGCACCAACGCUUACGCUGUGUACUCCACUCUGCAGGCUGCACGCAAGGCCCCCGCUGCCCUGAACGGAUCUAUCGUUCUGGAGCGUCACUUGCGCGUCGACAGCCUUGCCCACCCUGCCGAGAUUGACCACAAGCGAUGUGUGUUCGUCGGCAACCUCUCUUUCAUCGAUAGCGAGACCCCCGAAGAAGACGAGAAGACCGGAAAGAAGAAGAAGGCGCGUGCCCCCGCUGACAUCGAAGAGGGUCUGUGGCGCAUCUUCAACGCCCACACUGGCGGCAAGGACAAGAAGGCCGUGAAGAAGAACGUCGAGUUCGUGCGUGUCAUUCGUGACAGCACUACUCGCGUUGGUAAGGGAUUCGCCUACGUGCAGUUCUACGAUGGCAACGGUGUUGAAGAAUCUCUCCCUCUGAAUGGCAAGAACUUCCCCCCUAUGCUUCCCCGCAAGCUACGUGUUACCCGUGCCCGCAAGGUUGCGAAGAAGUCUACAAGCUCUGGCCCCGAUUCCAAGAAAUCUCGCGUGGAUGAAGCUCAAAAGACCAUGCAAGGACGUGCCAACCGUCUGCUGGGUCGCGCCGGUGCGGCCAAGGUCAAGGCCGAUGCCAACAGUACCAUUGCUGGCAACUCCUUUGUGUUUGAGGGUCACCGUGCCACUGAAGGAUCAUCGUCCAUCAAGAUGAAGCAAAAGAGCCGUGGGCAGAAGGCCAAGCGGACUUCUAGGAGUGCUAAGCGUGCUGCGGCUUACAAGGCUGCAGGUGGCCGACGGGAUUAG